AUAUAUAUAUAUAUAUAUAUAUAUAUAUAUCCAAAUAGGUGUGUACUUUUUGUCCAUAUCUACAACCGAUAGAAGCGACUGUCGAUGAAAAGAUGCUGAAUAAAGGUGGACGUAAGGAGGAUGAGGAUGGAUGAAGGAGCGGAAGGACACGCAGCCUGUCACUGAACGGGGGAGUUUUAUUAUUGACAACAUGUUACAGGUCUGUCAGACAGCAGACGGCACGCGGAAACGCCGGGACGAGAUCAAAACACGGAUUCUCCGUCGCCAGUAAGCCUUUUAUCCCCAUUUACAAUAGAUGUUUAUUCGUUUUAUGUCAUAAGCGUCUGCUGAAUGAUUGUCAUUCAUCAUGUAUCGCUACUGUAAAAGCCUAUUACGCUGCCGUUGUUUUAUUCAUCUUGGCCUGUAGCGAUGACAGCGGUGUGAGACACGGAGGAGACACUUUAGUAUCCUCUUUAAUGGCGUAUUUAUUCCACGGGCAAUAAAAUGACUGUGUUUAGGCACUAACGUUGAGUUUAAGUGAAAAAAAGGCAACCAGACAAUGAAUUGUAGGGCUGGUUGUGGAUGUCUGUGAUACAUUUCAGACAUAGGCUACAGUGUGAAAUUUAAGGAAAUUGUGAUUUAGCUUGGGCCCAAGUACCUGAAAUUAGCUCUGAUAUGUCUGAGUUAAAGCUACAGACAGAUAGAUAGAUAGAUAGAUAGAUAGAUAGAUAGAUAGAUAGAUAGAUAGAUAGAUAGAUAGAUAGAUAGAUAGAUAGAUAGAUGUAGGGACAGCAACAGGGCAUUAUUAUACUGAGCUAUUUCCCAGUGCUCACAAAUGACAAUUAGCAGGACACAGGUUGCUCAGCACUUACUGAGUUAAAAGAGGCUUUUAUUGUGGUGAACAAAAAAAACUGCAAAAUAAGACUAAACUGCCUCAUACAAACACUUGAAGUACAUGCAUUCAUUCCCUUUUGUUCCUUCUAUUCUCACAGAUGAACUGCUGGAUUGGAUGACCUGUGUUUACAUGGUCUCUUUGACUGAUUGUACUCCAGAGGAUGCUGUCUCAGCUGGUCAUGGACAGACACAAAUGAGACUAAUUCAGCGAACACAGACAGAUCAAUGAAGUAAAGGACAGAAGUGAUAGGCGAGGGAGCUUAUGAGGACACUCAGCGUACCCCUCUGACGUGUGCUGUGCUGUAAGUGUGUUGUUGUUAUUGGUGCUGUGAAAAACAGAGCAGUCAAGUUAUUAUUAUUUUUGUCCUGAAACUGCUUAGCUGUUACCUUUAAUAAAAGAAGGUCAGAAAGUCUUGGAAAAGCUGAUCUCAAUUUCCUAUAGCCAAGUGGUGCUCUGAGAGUUGCCUACUAUUUUACCAUUAAAGCUCCUUGAGGAAUCUUUUGACAUUUAUGAAAUAUAUUGAAAUUGAUAGUGAUGUCUUUUCAUGGUAUCCAAAGACAAAGAGGGUCAUCUGCAGCAAGACUGACCAUUUUCAUGUCCUAAUUUUGAAGAAUUGAAACCAGUGCAAGAGGAUAGUUGUUAGUGAUGCACCAUCAAAAGUCAGUACGAUGAGAUUUUUAUGUCAAAAGUUAUUCUUUAAUGGUAAAGACUGCUUUGUCCACAGGGCACCAAAGGGAGCACCACAAGUUCCUCACAGGAGUUUCUUGAUGUUCAUAAAAUAUAGACUGAAGUUUAUACUGAUGCUGUUAUACAAUAUAAAAAAAGCAACAAAACACAAGACCGGCUGCUAUUAAAUUGUAAGUUUUAAUGCCUCUUAGUGAGAGCAGGUAGGUGUCAGCCAAGCAGCUGUAGAAACAACUCUUUAUUUUCCACAAAAAUAUCCACAAUAAAUGGAACAUUGGAUUGUCAAAGUCAACAGGGUUUGAUUUAUUUUUUGUCAGAGGACACUUAUAAGGACAUAUACGACAAGGCGUCAUCCACAGGGGACGCCUGAGUUGCAAACUGUCAAUUCUGUAGAGGAGCUUUAAAUUUCACACAAUGUCGGGGAAAUUGAAUAUUCUCACAGAACAAAGUGACAUCUGAUGUUUUUUCUUGGAAAAAAAAAAUCUUAGGUUCCUCUUGAGUUUCUUGACCUCUUUUUAAAACAAGACACACUGAUUCAUCACGAUUGGAUUAAUCAAGAAUUUUAUAUUUCAGAUAAAGCAGCAUUUCUAAACCUAAACUUGACUGGUUCUUGUAACAUCACAUUCCCUUGAAAUCUUAAAUAAUUAAACCUAAAGUCUCUAUGUAGUUAAAAAUUCUUAUCCUGGUCAUUAGUAACCUUGGAGUUGUUCUGAUUGUUCAUUUUACUGUCAAGGUAAUUAGUUACUAGGUCCACGUAGAUCCUUCAGUCCAAGUUUAAUAAGAGACGGUAGACAUAAAUGAAGUCCAGGUCUUUGUUUUUCUCUCGUUGGUCUUCAGAAGAGUCCAGCAGAGGAGUCCUGAGGCAGAACUAUGGGCUGUGGGGGGAGCAGGACCGACGCUCUGGAGCCUCGGUACCUGGAGAGCUGGACCAAAGAGACCGAGUCUACAUGGCUCACCAGCACAGACACGGACAUCCCACUGUCGUCCAUCCAGAGCAUCCCGUCUGAGGGCUCAGAGGCCGGCUUCACCUCUGAGAAAACAAUCACCCCUGGUAAGAGGAAAUAAUCAUAUUUCACUGACCUGGAAAAAAAGGAAUUUCACAUUUAUGGUUGUAUUGAUUAGCUCUUGAUUAAACAAAGUAGAUUUGCAAUUCUAAUUUGAGCAGUUUAAAACAAGAUUUUUGUAUUUAAUGCAUCUGAAUUGGGUGUAAUUCUGCUGCAUGCAUAUUUUAAAAGCCUAAUUUAUUUUCACUGAUAGGUUUUUGCACCAAAUGUACAUUCAUUAUUUCUAAUUGCUACAUCAUAAAAAGAAUAUUAGUCAUAAUUGGUUGAGCUUUUUGUUCACAGUGAAGAGGAAACGUUUAGACUGAGUCAUACACUCAGCAAUUAGAAUGAAUCAGCAUUAAGUGGUCCUUUUUUUACACCGAGAGAAUAAGAGGAAAGUAACACAUUUGCUUGAAGUGUUUUAAAGAGAUUUUGUACAACUGGUACAAAGAAAAAAACACCCUUUUCUCAGUAAAUUGAAAAAAAAAAACAAGAUGCAAAACAUGCUAAGGGCCCUUGUGCUGAGGCUUUAAAUAUGUUUCUAUGUGUGGGUGCUCAGUAAUUUACCAGAUACAGACAGAUCUGGUGUGGGGUUUUUUCUUUUUAGCUUAUUCUUCUUGCGUUGAAGUGUGGGUGUGUUUUCUUUAAAGCCAGGAAGAUAUGAAUCAGCAAACAGGGAUAAUCGCAUCAAGGCCACAUCAAAAACCAUCGCGCUCACACAGGACCUCGUCUCUCAUGGCAACACACACAGCCAUGGCCGAGGACAAACCUUGAUGUGAUUGUAAGGACAGGUUUAAAGAGGCUUGUAGAGAUAAAACAGACCGGGAAUCGGAAAAAAAUCAAUCAGCGGUUAGCUACCGCCAAGAAUAAAACACACAGCGGUCCUGUGACAGUAAAAUGUUGCUGUAUUUUAAUGUAAUUUAAUUUAAAACAUUCAUGUUCACUCUGUCUGUAAUACACCAGCAUCCUGUUCACUUAACCCUCACUCCAACACAGCCUCCAUGUGAUAUUCAGAGUGUCAUUUUAUUCAUCACACUUCACAGCCCACUCUGCUCUCACAUUAGCUCACUGAUGGUAGUAAUGCACCUGAGAGCCUCCUGCAUGCUCUGACCUCUGACUAAUCCUGUUUCAUUUACAAAUCAGCCUCCUCUGUAGUAUGCAUUUUACCAAUAGAGCGAUAACAGCGAUAAUGGCAGGGCUGAUUAUGUUUAAAGAAAACCCCUCAGAGAAAGCGUAGUAAAUGGAAAUGGGCCUCACUGUUCCUUUUUUCAGUCUGAUGUUUUAGAGCCACUAAACUUGUGCUUUGUUACAGUUCCAGAUUUCUUCGAGGACAGCCUCCCUCUCCCUGCUCAGGCGUACCUGAAAGUGUGUUCGUCCAUGUCUGAAGCCAGUCUGAAUGACGUGAAGCCCAGCAGUCCCCCUGCAAUACUGGGCUCCCCACCGAAGGAGGCGACGCCCCCGUCUACUGGCACCACAGUCCAGCGCAGAAGUGUCCUACACACUGAGGAGAUCGUAAGAAAGUUUUAGACUCUACAAGACACUAAAGCUGCUCUUCUGAGAUAUCUAUGUUUCAUGUUAAAAUAAUGAGGAGUGACAUAUUCUUGCUGGUGUUCUGCAUCUUUGACAAUUUUGUGCCCUAAUCAAAUUUACAUGACAAGCUCAAACUGUUUAAACAUUGAGCAGAUUUUCUAAAAUACUCUGAUCAGAUUUUGAGGCACUUUGAGUCAUUUUCUUCCAUAACAGUAUUUGAGAAGCAGGCACAGCCACCAUGACAUCAUCUACUGGUUUGUAAAUGGUAGUUUUAGACCCUUAAAGUGAUAUUCCAGCGUGAAGUUAAGUUAGGGUCAAAUACACCGUAACACCAAGUUAGACACCCCCUUGAGAGAUGAAUGUUGCCGACUGCUUGCUUCUCUAGUUAUACCAACUUUAGUAAUGACCGUACGAUAGCAAUACACAGCAGACUACAUCUCCAUGCGCAGACCUCAUCUAAAAAGCCACUCUAUAGCCACAAAUAAUGCUCAGAACAGCACCUAACUUCAUCAACAGUACAUAUAGGGUCCCAGUCAAACACAACUCACCCACUCUCCUCCAGCAGCCGAUGGUUUGUGGGGGAGCCCUGAUGAGUCGAUCACUGAGUGCACUGGUCAUUUCCUUGAAGUUAUAGUCAUCAUAAUAAUCAUUUUUCACUGCAGACGCGGUAGUUCCUCUGCCUUAGCGUCUUGGUCUGAUUGCAUUUACAUGAAGUAGUGAUCAUAAUUGUUCUUCCUUGAGCUGCGAAACUCCACUGCACUCGGUGAUUGACUUGGCAGGGCUACUCCACUUACAAGCGGCUGCUGGAGGAGAGUGGGUGAGUUGUGUUUGGUCUCUUUGCUAAAGAAAUCAGGCAAAGCUAAAAAGAUGUUUGGUGGCUAGUACUAUGGCUGGGACCCUAUAUGUACUGUUGAUGAAGUUAGGUGCUGUUCUGAGCAUUAUUUAAGAAGAAGAAGAAGAAUAACCUUGUCUGUAUAGCACUUAAAAAACAGAAGUUUGCAAAGUGCUUUGACAUGUCAUAGUGCACAUGGAAAAAGCCAGAUAAAAACAAAAAGCUCAGUAAAAACAGAGUCGAAGGCAAUUUUCAUGUCAUAAGGAACCCAGACAAUACAAGAACCAUGCAACAUAAAAACAUUUGUGGUUAUAGAGUGGCCUUUUGGUUGAGGUUUGCGUGUGGAGACGUAGAACGCUGUGUAUUGCUAUCAUGUGGUCGCUGCUGAAGUAGGUGUAACUAGGGAAGCAAGCAGUCGACAACAUUCAUCUCUUGAGGGGGUGUCUAACUCAGUGUUACGGUGUGUUUGACCAUAACUUAAUUUUAUGCCAGAAUAUCCCUUUAAAUUUUGCAUUUCAGCUUUCACCUUCCUGCUUUCUCAUCCUCCUCUCUCUCCUCAACUCUCCUUCAUCUUCAGACAAAAUGGCAGGACAAUCGAAUGUCAACCAAGCAGGUGACCAUCACGGUGACACAGAGCAUCCAUCAGGUGGACAAGAAUGGGAAGGUGAAAAAGUCCCUCACUACCUAUGAAGUCAUGAAACCUGUGGAGGCCCUCAAACAGGUGACCUCUCAGAACACCUGAGAGAAGCCAAAGAAAAAGCAGAAAACUGUGAACAACUGAGAAACUCUUUGAGGUCGGACAGCUGAAAAGACACGAGGGAUGUGUACCAUUUUAGUUAGCUCGUUUUAUUGAAAAUAAAACUUGAACUAGGCUGUAUUGUAUAUCAUAAAGCGUAAGUCUAUGGUGCCUGUUACUGUACAUCAACAUCAUCAAGGACAUGGACAUGUAAAGCUGUUGAUCUGAGUACAUACAGUAUGUGACAUGUUACAGGACAUGGAGUUCCAGACCAAAAAUGACAAAUUCAGGGUGGAGCACAGCAGAAUGUUUUAUAUUAAAUGAGGAAUCUUUGGUUUGGCACAUUUCAAAUCCCCACUGAAGAUCAUUUAGACCCAAAUUUGAACGUGUGUAUGAAGCUGGCAUAUUAGAGUUAUUUUACAUUAUUGAAAUGAUUUCCAAGUUUCAAACUGAUGCACUAAUGUGCAGUGCUACAGUCUGUAAGGCUCAGGAAACUGACUGAAGAUUGCACUAUUUACAGUGAGGCCUGGUGAGGAGUUUGUGUACAUCAUUGUGUUGUUUUGUACUAGACAGUGUUACAUUUUCUUAUCUGGUCAUCAGUGUUUUAUAAUGACAUUAAACUCAACAAAACAAGA